AUGCAUCACAGAACGAGCCAAGACCGGAUCGAGAGAAGGGAUCGGCUAACUGUGCUAACGCCGCUAUCGCCUUUGAAGACACAAUUGGUUUUCGCGGCUUGUUUGAUGGAGUUAUCUGGACGUGAGGAUCGUGUUCCAGAGGUCAGGAGCUCCCCUGGGGUGGCGGCGGGGCGACAGAAGGGCAACGGUCAGUGCUUUUUCUCGCACCUGCCGACCGGGGCCUCCUACAGACAGGUGUUCCGGGUGACCAAAGAUGACCCAGAGCGAGAUGCAAUCAUGAAGGGACCAGUCAAGCAGCCAUAA